GCACAAGCGGGAGAAAGUGUGAACCUAGCCCCAAGCCCCGAUCCACAGCCCCCACGCCCCUCGCUCCUCCCUCCCUCAUCCGGCGCCGCGCUCCCUCCCACCUCCUCCUUCUGCGCCCUAGGAGCCCACGCCGACGACUGCUGCUCCUCCACCACGUCGCCUCUUCCUCCUCCUCGCCGUCCCAUCGCUCGCGCGCAGGCCGUCGUGGCCACGCGCUUCGCGGGCGAACCCGAUCUCCACUGCCUGCUCUGGGUUCGCGCGGGACGGGCUCCCCCGCCUCCUCCUCCUCGCGGCGGAGGACGACGCCUAUGGAGUGAAGGAGGAUGCCCAAACCAUGGUCGAGCUGCUGUUGGCGGCCUGGAUGCAGGCGAUGGUGGCGGCCAGCGGGGGUCUGGCGGGCGUGGCGGCCGACCGGUCGGGCAGCGACCUUGAUGGAGGAGAAGGGAUCUGGCGGGCAUGGCGGCAGCUGGAAGGGCAGCAGCAGACUGAGGGGCGUCGACCGGUCCAGCAGCGACCUUGACGGAGGAGAAGGGCCAGGCAGGAUUCGUGCCCCUGCACCUUCAGUUUAUCCAUAGAAGAUGCAUCGAUGCACCUCUCUCAAAGGACUGUAAUAUUCCCUUAAAAACCAUGUGAGUUAUUUGUACAAUUUAUGCUUCUCCAUCUUAGCGCAUACCGGACAAGUUUGCGAGCAAUUUCAUCAGGCAGAUGCAGAGCCCACAGGGAUUUGACCUGAAAGCAUCAAGCGGUGAACCAUGGCAUGUGUGUGUUACCAAGGUUGCCAAUGACCUGUUCUUCAGUUCAGGAUGGGGAGAUUUUGUCAAGGCUCAUGAACUGCAGGAGAAUGACCUCCUGAUCUUUUGUCAAGACUCAUGAACUGCAGGAGAAUGACCUCCUGAUCUUCACAUUCAGCGGCAACUCCUCUUUUAAAGUCCUCAUCUUCGAUGCGACCGGCUGCGAGAAACUGUCUUCUCUCUUUGCUGGCGCUGGUAUGCGCAAACAUCUUGAUGGUAUGGUGGGUCAACAGGUUGAGCAAUACGACGAUUAUGAUGAUACAAGUGUGCCGUCUCAGUUGAUUGAGUCCCAUCAGAAUGUCUCCACUUUAAGGAAAUUCAGUAGCAGGACCAAACCAAGGAAAGAGCUUCUUCCUGGAUCACCAAACUGUAGCAGAUCAUGUGAUGUUAAGCAUGAGGAAACUGCGGAAGAGGAGAGUGAUGAUGACACAUGUGCUGACUUCUACUACUGCUACUCAAGGGCCGCGAACAGACUACUCGACGACGAAAAACAUGAAAUAAUCGGGCUGGCUUCAAUCCAACCGGGCAAUCCAGCAUUCAUGACGGUUCUGCUGAGGUCCCAUCUGCAACGCAAGGACAACUUUCUGGUCAUCCCCAGUGAAUUUGUAGAUGAACAUCUCCACAUGAGAUCACAUGAGGUUGUGCUGCUCAGGCCAAACAGAGAAGAGAGGUGGCAUGUCAGCUACUACCACCAGGGGAGCUCCAGCAGAGGCUUCAGGGGCCAACCCUGGGCUAAGUUCGUCAGCAACAACAAACUGCACAAGGGGGAUAUCUGCGUCUUCGAGCUGAUCAAAGGCGCGAGGAAUGAGAAGAAAGCCAGGACGACGAUGACCGUCCAUGUUGUUAGGAGGAAGAAGUCCGAAGGUCGGUUUGCCUUAGUGGGCUAUGUUCCUGCAGUGUGAGACGUGCACUGCAUAUUUUGGCAUGUUAUAUGCAGUGUAGAUAUGGGCAAGUGGCGGCAGCUGGAAGGGCAGCAGCAGCCUGUGGGGCGUUGACCGGUCCAUCAGCGACCUUGAUGGAGGAGAAGGGCCAGGCAGGAUUUGUGCCCCUGCACCUCCAGGAGUAUGCCAUUGGCACUUCCAACAUCUAGCAGUAAGGUUCGUAAUUUAUUCAGGUACUUCUAAGGUAAACAUUCAUCUUCUAGCCAUGUUCGUGAAGUAAUUGUGAAAAAAAAUCCCUGUAGAUUAUAUUUUUGGAUGAAUUUACCUGUAGAUUAUAUUUUUGGAUGAAUUUCCCUGUAGAUUAUAUAUUUGGAUGAAUUAAGGUAUAAUUAGUUAUCUGCAAUGCCAUGUUUGUGAAGUAAUUGUAUUUUUUUAGCUGCGUUAUCUGUUUGAAUCCGAGUAAAAAAAUUGGAUGCACAAGCCUGGAUAUGUUUGGAUUUCUUUGGAUGGAUUAGGGGAUCUGCUUGGAUCCCCGGGUUUCUUGUUGCUUUGCGGGAGGCUCGGUCGCAUGCUGAGAUUCGUGACAGUUUUUUGUUGCCUUUCUUAACUGUCUAUUGUUGGAUUCUAUUAGUUUAAGAUAUUUCGCCGAUCUGACUGUUGGUUUGCGCUAGUACAGUUUUAGGUCUUUCCCUUCAGGAAUUGUUGGAUUACAUUAGGUUAAAGCAUGACAUAGAUUUGUGGCCAUUAUGGUUAGUCCCUGUGUGGUUCAUUGGCUUAAGGAUUAGUUGGUGAAUCACAUGCCUAAUUAAUUGUAGGGAUUGCUACACCAGGUCAAAAUAUGAUGCAGACUUGUGCCUAUUGGGGUUAGUUCCUACCUUAGUUCUUUGUCUUACUGUCGUGGGUUGUGGCUCAGUGGAUUAUGAAGCUAUUCUUAGGUGCUUGAAUCAUAUUUUCUGCUACAUUCUAGCCUUAAGUUCUUCGUGCUUGAAGCUGUAUGGUCUAGCUAUGUUAAAAGGAUAACAUGCCAGUGCCUGGGUGUUUAUAGUAGUGUUUGUUACUCUGAAAUCGGAUAUUCCGUGUGUGUUACUGCUUUCAAUAAAAUGUCUUUCCAUUUGGUUUCACUUCGAUUAUGUUUUUGUGCAAAUCCUUUGUCGGUUGAGCUAUUGGUGAAUCUAGAUGCUAUGGAUAAUGUCUGAUUUCCCCAUCCUGUACUACUUACUAUAUGGAGGCAAUGGUUUAAUUUGGUCUCGCUUUGAUUCUAUUACAACUAAGGACCGGUUCGGCAAUCCACCGGCUCCUUGAAAUCCUAGGAUCUGCAGAGCAGCUGUUUGCUCACUCUAUAUUUUUCAGUCAAUGCAUGCCGAGUCCACUUGUAACUGAAUAUGCACUGUUUUCUUUGAAAUUGAAUAACGAUGGUUGAAAUUUAGUUUCAUUUGGACGAGCUACCCCAAGAGUUUUAUGUUAUUUCUCGGCUUAUUUGAGCUAUUAUUGUUUCUGUUUAACACAGACAAUUAUAGCUGCCCUUUUUUAUUCAGAAAAAUGGUCUUGAUGUCCGUGGUUUGGUUCAACAUUUUCUCAGCAUAUCUCUAUUCGUCAGUCUAACUCACGUAACAUUCAAUAUAAUUUGUCUGAUCCAAACUAAGUUUUGGCUGUUGCUAUGGUUUGUGUGCAGUCUAUUUUUCUUCGAUCUUGGUCAUUAAAGAUGUGACAAGAAAGAAAUUUCAAAAGGUUUGAUGAUCUAGAAUGCUCAUAUGGAGUUAUUUGAACCAGUUCUUUUAGUAUAUACUGAGACCAGAUGUACCGGAAAAAUUUAAAAUAUACCAAUAGUAGGAGUUGACCAAUAAUGCUGAUUUGAUUCAGUCUUUAGGCCUUAUGCACAAUUUCCACAAUGUUGAACAUAAUAUAUGCUUUAAUGCUCCUGUGCACUGCUUUAAUGCUUCUGCUUGUUUGUCUGAAUUUUGUUGUUGUUCAUUAAUUUCCUGUCUUCAGGCUGUAUACAAAAAUGUUCCUACUAGGUAUUCUGACGUUGAUUAUCUAAAAGAAAGAGCAAUUCUAACACCAACAAACGAAGUAGCUGAAAAAAUAAACGAGUGUGUUCUAUCUUUAGUGCCUACCAGUGAGAGAGAGUACUUGAGCCGUGAUACUAUAGGGAAUUCAGCUGAUGCGGUUCGUAAUCAGGACGCCUUCUAUCCUGUCGAACAAACCAUCAUUGUAAAUAUUGCCUUUGGCCCUUUCUGCCUUAUCUCCUUCCUUAUGACAAUCUCUACUCACUAUAAAUGCCGCUCAGCCAUGCUGUUUAAACUAUGUCUUGUCGUUGCUGUUACACUGUGUGCGCCUCCGUAUAUCUUCUAUUUACUGCUGGGCUAGCUAACCUAAAAGCCCUUCUCCUUCAUCGGUUUACCUCUGAAGGCAAACAUCAUGUUUCUUCCUGUUAAUUCCCUGCUGCAGUUAAUAUUCUAGGUUCUUUCUCGCCUUCUUUGCAUAUCGAUAGGGACUCACCUGGAAAUCAAAGCCAAGAAUUGCCAGCUGAAUUUAAUGUUCAACACAGAGAAGGUCGAUUUGUUUUUGUAAAAGGCCUGCUAAGAUCCUCUUCCUUUAUUUUCUUUCUGGUCUUACUUGUGUGCUUGGUACAAAGAAAUACACAGGUUUCACUUAUCAGCAGCCAAAAAUAUAGUUUCAAAAGCUUAUUAUUUACCUUGCUUUGGUUUUGCCUCCGCAUACAUAGAAAAAACAACAGUUUUUAGUCAUAUUCACGUCUGUUCUUGCCUAAGCAAAAAGAAAACAUAAUAAGUUUAUAUCCCACUCUGUUCUUGCUUAUUAGAUUAUGUUGAGCAACUACAGUAUCUGUUGUGCCUGAGAUAGCAAAACCUGUUUCAUUUCAGCUAUUUCUGCAUGUACAAUAUUCAUGUGCCUCCAUUUACCACAGGUUCCUUGCUGCCCUAUCAUCUUCAUCUUGUUAUUUGGUUGCUGCUACGCGGACUGUGGUGAUUUACUACCUUCUGAUCUUCUCACUACUCAAUCAAGGUCCUUUCUGAAAAGCUUCCGGACGAUAUGAGCGCUAAAAAGCUCCAGCUUGUUGUUGACGCUGUUGGACUUGGUAAGCUUGAUGAAGCCGAGGUCCAUAAGAAAAAUAUUAUGCCGUUAUCCUAUACCGGUGGGCGUCGCUGUAUAACUGAAAACUUCCACGCCGCGAUGACUAUUUCCCAUGUCCAAGCCUCGCCUGAUAUAAUCACAACCUUCACGUGUAAUCCAAAGUGGCCUGAAAUAAUGGGAGUCUUGAACGCGGGCAAAAAAUAGUCAAUAGGGCUGAUAUUACUGUUCGAGUAUAUCACAUGAAACUGCUUGAGUACCUACAGAAGAUCAAGACCAGAAAUAUGUUUGGGACUGUAGUUCCGGGUACCAUGCCCAGUGCAUUUUCUCUCCUUUUUUUGUUUUUCUUACCCACGUUUCUUAUUUUUCAUGUUUUUCAUUUACCCUCCUGUUUUCCAGUUCUCUACACCAGAGUUCAAAAAGAGGGGUCUUCCACACGCAUGUGUCCUUGUUUGGCAAGUGAAAGAUGAUGACCGGGUGGUCACACCAACUUACCAUAAAUUCUUGUGUUUCAACUACUCUUAGUAUUUCUAUUGGAUUUACCGUCCUCUUUAUUCUUUUUUUCUCUUGCAUGGUUCCCAAUGAUUAGCUUGACUCUGUCAUAGGGAUCUUAACUAGCCGGCGUUGCUGCUAUGCACUUACUAACACCAUGGAAACUGGAAUCAUAAAACAAAACAGUAAUAAGAAACCCUAUGCAAUCAAGCUUCUGUUCUUAUAGCAAUUACAGUUUUGAUACCUCUAUUUAUUUAUGUCAUCUUGUUGUGUUUCUGUUUCUCUUCAUAUAGGAUACAGAUAUGUGAUUCUCAUGUGAUCCUUUUGCUGGAAGCUUGCUAAUCUUAGGGGUGCUGCUACUGGUGUAAAAAAUGUUUUAUCGAAAGAACUAAAGUAGUAGCUAAUCCAAGCAUUGAAGAAGUGACGGAGAGGCUACACUAUAUUGGCAUGAAGUCAGAGCAGCGCUUGAAGACUACACAAGAUAGUAUGGUAACCAACAGAGCCAUCUUUUGUUUCGUAUCAAGCGAUCCAGUAUCUUUGCCUUUUUGGCGUUGCUCUAAGCAAGAUAUGUAUAGCCUUUAGAUUUCCAUUUGUGUAUGAUACUGCAUGUACACUUUAGGCCUCAUUACUGUCAAGCUUGUGAUCACUUGUUCUAUAUAUGUAAUCAACUGCCCUUCUCACCCGCAAAAAAAAAACUGCCGUUCUACUAAUA